AUGCUCUCCCUUCUCAGCAAAUCGAACGAAUGGCCCUUAAAUCCCAGCGACGCGGAUGUCUCAAAGGAGAUCCAGCACAUGGUGAGGUUCAUUCGCCAAGAAGCCGACGAAAAGGCCAACGAGAUCGCCGUAUCAGCUGAAGAAGCCCAUACGGGAUUGAGAGCAAAAUUGGAUAAAGAGCACUUGGAUUUGGAGGUUUUGAGGUAUAUGAAAGCAACCUUGAUGAGGAGGUUGAAGUAUUGGUGGGAAGUAAUCGAACGGAGAGAGGGUGCAGCAGAGGGGAACAACGAACUGGAUAAAGGUGGGAGGGAAGGCACGGUGGAGAGGGACUGCGAACUGAAUAAAGGUUGA